AUGUAUUCUUUAUCUGUUUGCAAUGUAUCAUACUCCACUAUCCAAGACCACCGUGGUCAUAACACAACCUGUAUUGGGGAUCUACAAGCACUGUUUUCACGUUCCAUUUGUUGUUUACAGGGUGACUACGGCGACCACUACCGCUUGUUGACCUACAAGGGUCUGGCCAGCCUGUACUGGAUCAACAAACACUGUUCUCACGUUCCCUGGACCCUACACGCUGACGACGACACGCACAUCGACAUCUUCCUCUUCUACAGGGCCCUCCAGGAACUCGACGACGACCACAGCCAUAGGUUUGUGUGUUUCCAGUUAACCGGAGGACCUCAGAGAUCAGGUAAAUGGAAUGUCAGUUACGAGGAGUAUCCGGCUAACAUCUAUCCUCCCUACUGUGCGGGCGCUAUGUGGUUCCUACAAACAAAGCUCAUCCCACGGUUACUGAAAGCCUCUGAAGUCGUCCCCUUCCUGUGGGUGGACGAUACCUACAUUACUGGCCUUCUGGCUAAAGAGGCCGGUAUCAAAAGACUGAAGUUCAAUAGAUAUUUCGAUUUCAGAGGGAACAAUCCAAGAUCAAUUGGUAAAAAAGUAGUUUGGAUCUCUCAAGUAAUUCCAAGCAGAGUUUGGUGGAAAAAAAUUAUUUCAUAUCAUCGUAAACAUUCAAUGCAUAUUUCUCCAACAUUGCUUUCUAAACGAGGAUAAACAAAUUGUACAGUACAUUGAAAAAUAGCUGGCAUGUUUGCUGCUCUCCCACGGGUUAGUUACUACAAGACCUGUUGCUAUAACAACUUACUGUCUCGAAACUAUCUAUUUGAAGAUCCACUACCGCUCUUCUUAAAAUUUCUGCAAUCUUGCGAGAAAUAUAGGCGAGUGCAUCGUGAUUUUUAUUUGCAGUCGCUUUGCCUGAAGUCAGGUAUGUGCACCCUAUUCGAUUACAUCUGCACCGGCUCUUCCAAUCAACCGAUUCUGAUCUCAUUAUCCUUAAAUGUAGUUCCACUUAUAGUCUACAAGGGAAUUUUAAUUUGAACUCUAGCAGAAUGUCAAUAGGUAGAGAGGAUAAUACAAAACGUGUGUAAACUUUCCAAAUGAAAUAACUAUAUUAACAUAGCAUUAAUUAAAAUGCAUAAAAUAAUUAUCGUUAAUAAAGUAUAAAAUCUCCCUAAACAAAACCUGUAUAUUAUUAGACUGUCACUUAAUAGCUAACCCCUGUAACUGCACUAGGCUAUUGAGCAUAAUCUGGUAAACAAACCUCGUCUCGUUAAUUAACUAGUUAGUUUAACACUCUUAACUCAGUACUAACUCAGUACUAUCUUAUUUGUGGCAUCAUUAUAAUGAAAAAAUCAGUAGAAGCCAUGAUGAAGAUUCGAACCUGGGCAUUUGGUACUUCCAAGCAUGUGCCCUAAACAAUUCGGCCCCGACAACUAAAUUCAACUAUAUCCUCUUCGGGUCCUGAGGCUUCCAUGCCUGGGGCAUGUUUGAGAGUGCCCAGUGUGCAGGUUCGAAUCCUCAUCAUGGUUCCUACUAAGUUUUCUCAUUGAUACAUCAUGACGUUAAUGUGAUUUCUCUGUGUAUUAAAAAGAGAACCAUUAGAGGCAGCACUCCCAGACCACAGCCAGGCCAAAUAGUUACCAUAUGUAUUAUCAUUUCAGUAGGAUGGGUUGAAAUAAAUAUGUAUGAGCAUAUUCAAAGUAGCAAUACAAUAAGUACGUGUAAGCAAUGUAAACAGAAUUAGUUAUCUAGUCACAUAUUUAUAUAUAAUGUGAACUCAACACUUGCAUAUCUGAAUAUGAACAAUAUGUCUUCGCUCAAUAAUGACAAUGAAGCCAUCAUCAUUACACGAAACAAAUUCGCUGGCCAACCUUUCCUCCCUUUGUUAUGUCCCAAGGCAAAGUCCUUGCUAACUGGAUUGGCUUGAUAGUGAACCAAGAUCAAGACUAAUCUAGCAUUUACGCCACUACUUACGAAACUUAUAUAUCUUUCUUUAAUUAUGGCGAUUUGCUUUACAAUCAUUAAACUGUUUCAAUACACGGAGAGGAAUCACAGUAACAUGAUAACAUGAUAUAUCAAUGAGAAUAUCCCUAAGAGCCGACUAGGGUGUGUGCGUGGGAACACCCACCGCAUACAUUCGAAUCCUCAUCACAGCUCUUUCGGAUCUUUCUUAUUAAACUGUUUACAAGUUUCGAAACGUCACAACCCAAGGUUAGUAUUGAUAUUCACAACCUUGAAUUGUAUUGGAGCUUAUGAACUGUGUAAUAAAUGUAAACAAAGCCGCCAUGAUUAAGGCAAGAUGUACAGGUUUCGUGAGUGGUUACAUGAACAUUUGAAGAGUCCUGCUGGUCCUGGACACAACACUUACCCAAGAGUCCUGUGUUUACAACUCAACUGAGAGACAAAUUGUUGGAGCACCUGGCAUUUGUCCCAACACAAACUCAAUCAUAAGUCAGAAAUGUUAUCAUAAUAAAAAACCCAACAUCACGGAAUAGCUCUUGCAAAAAUAUAAGCAAAAUUAAUUUUAUACAACAAAUAAUUAUAAUAUCCCAUCAUAUUGAAUACAUAUGUGCAUUAUAUUAAUGCUGUCUCUCUCCACACUACCAGGGGAGUACUUGGUCCCUGUCCCUUCACCUGUGUCUCACUCCACACUACCAGGGGAGUAUACUUGGCCCUCUGUCCCUUCACCUGUGUCUCACUCUACACUACCAGGGGAGUACUUGGUCCCUGUCCCAUCACCUGUCUCACUCCACACUACCAGGGGAGUAUACUUGGCCCUCUGUCCCUUCACCUGUGUCUCACUCCACACUACCAGGGGAGUAUACUUGGUCCCCUGUCCCAUCACCUGUCUCACUCCACACUACCAGGGACGGGGGGGGGGGAGUACUUGUUCCGUGCCUCCUUCAUGGGGUGCCAGGCUCCACCACGAGUGCCUGCUGGUUAUUACACUGCUCUAAGACACUGCCGCAGUUAACGACGUUACUGUAGUUUGUGUCACAAUCAGUAAGGCUUUCACAGGAACAUCACAGGACUCACAACUAACCUUGUUUUACAUCUGUCAAAAAUGCUGGAGUAACGAUAAUUUACGAUAUUUUCUGAAAUGACAAUGAUAAUAAAAAUUGAUACACAUUUUUAUAAUGCCUGUUUUAUGAUUAAUAAAAAUAACGAGGCGUUGUACUUUUUGCACAAGACAGAUAAAAGUGCAUUUGAAUGGCUUGAA